AUGACGGUGUCCGAUCGUGAAAUAUGCCUCACACCGACCAACGGGCUUGCAACUCCUCAUAAAUUCUACCCGACCAAGAUCUCCGUUCCGCACCAUCAGCUCCGGCAUUUCAUUAGCACGUCCGAGGCCAAUCUCAUCUACUACGUAACCGGUUACGAUGUUUUUGUGCUCGACCUCGAAACCCAUGAAAACUCCCUCCUAGCCACUAUCCCGUUCGAAGCGCGAUGUCUGGCAGCGGACCUGGGCUGGGUAUGUGUCGGCGGGGAGGUCAAUGGAGACUGCGCAUUCAUCAAGGUGGAGAAAGACCAACAUGGACAUCCGACUUGCUUCGGGCAUGACUUGCUGGUUGACCUGUUGGGUGGUGAAAUAGUGAACUCCAUGAACGUGUACAACAUGGUCAAUGAAGGCAAUGGUCCCGACGAACUCAUCGUCUUGAUUAGCAACAACGACAAGACUGUCAAGCUCUACUCACUCGCCCAGCGGCAAGUCUUGACAACUCUAUCGCAUCCCGUGCCUAUGAACUUUGCCGCCAUGUCACCGGAUUGCAAGUUCAUCGCGGCAGUCGGAGACUCGGACAAGGUCUACUUCUACCGCCGUCGUCUUGAUGACGCUUCUGAUCCCAUCGAUGGACCCUCCACCAGGUAUGCCAAAUAUGAGUGGGAAAUCUUUGCCGAGCCUGUAGUGCCUACGGGAGACCAUGUCUAUGAUGACUAUAGCUUUGCCGUGGCUUUCUCCCCUUCGGGACAUAUGUGCGCUGCCUCGUCGCAAGGCGGUGCCAUCAGUGUCUUCGAUAUGCGCCAGCUUGUGGAUUCCGACGAAGCCCCCGAGAAAUCCAUUUUAUGCACAUUCAAGUCUUCCCGGCGUACACUGUGGGGCUGUGUAAGGGCAAUGGCCUUCUCUCCAGCCCCCUGGGACAUAUUGGCUUGGGCGGAGGACCACGGAAGGAUAGGAUUGGCAGACAUGAGAAGGGCCUUUGUCAGACGGCAGAUACUGGACCUGGAUCGGAAACAGAUGGACACGGUCAAACUGGGUGAUGGAACACCUGUGGCGUACCGAAGCCUUGGUGUCAAGGAGCGUCUGAAGCAACAGCAUCUUGCAAGACUUAGGGCGAUGCGAGCCUUGUCUUCUCGAGGUGAAGACGACGAAGUAGGCAUUGAUGACCCGCCCACCGACGCCAGCCGACGUCCUGCCCGGCAAGAUCUGUUAAGCUAUCACCAAGGCUUGGAUCUCGAUGCACGCGAGAGAUCCGUGAUCGAGGCACUUGAAACAACAAUGGACAGCGUCGCACACGUCCCCACUCGCCCUUACAGUAUAAAUUAUUCUUCUCCGCCUCGGAUAAGGGACUCUCUGGCAUCUACCGACUCCAGAAGAGAGUACGAGGUACAAUUGCUGAACCCAGGGGCACGUCGAUUGACCACAUUCCAAACCCAUCAGCCCAGAAGGAGAACGUCAGUCGUACUGUCCGAGCCAACUUUGACCGAUGGAAAUACCAACCAAGGUGGAUAUCUUGACCCUACUGACGGGACGAGGAUUAGACUCUCAGCUUCUCCCGGUCGGAUAGACGAUGAAGAACAUGUGCCUUCCCGGCCAGUCCAUGGACUCGGUUCCAGAACCACUCCUGCUGGCAAUUCCGGUGCCCGGCGAGCCUCCAGCCGUAUACCUACCUCCGAUCCCUGGCAUGUCAUCCAAACAGCUCUGGAAUCGGCAAGAGAAUCGGACAAUAGUAACCAAGUGAACCUGAUGUACAUCGAAACCGUGUUGGAGGCUGAAAGACAAUUGGCCAAUCAGAUCGAGAGUCGAUUGGCCGACGAACGCAGGCUGUCGAUUCUUCUCCAAGGGCAGAUCGAUGCCCAACAGCGGCUCCUCGGUGAACACUCGGUACAAUUAGAUCAUUGGCGCGCAGCUGCGAGCCAGUGGAAUGGUCGUGUCGAGGCCACUCUUGAGCGCGUUUUGCAACGACAACUAACGGAUGAACAACGCUUCAGCCAGCAACGGUCUCAGGAGCUGCAGGGCGAGUUGAGUGCGGGAAUGUACUAUUCCAGACGGCUGGAACGAGAGCGAGCGCGGUUGGGGGGCAGAGAUGCCGGAGCAACAUCAACGUCUACGCGGAGCGCAACCACACCGAGUACAGAGUCGGCUUCCGCUCAAACCUCGGCUCUUCCUACGACGAAUGUGCUGGCGUCUGCAGACUCGGACAAUCUCUCGCACAUCUUGACUGAUUACCGAGAAUCUAGUCGGCAGCGGCUUGCUCAUGUCGAGAAUCUGGAGCGGCAAGUCCGUCGAGCCGAAGCACGCGUGGCGCAGGCGACAACAGACAUCGAGGCAUUAGAGGGUAUCGUUCGCACCCGCGGAGUUUGGGGGUCUGAAGAGAGUGAUAACAGACGCAACGAUGAUGCCACUCAUCCGGGCACGGCAUCAACGGCAUCAACAAGUGCCACCGAUGCGACCACCAGACCAGUAUCAACCCAGCCUGAAAGCCCUCGUGUUACCACUCGUCGUGUCGGUGUGCCGAUGAACCGGCCUCAUCUAGCGACUAUUGACCGCCUUUCGGAACUCGCCGGCCGUGUUCCAGAAGCGGACAUGCGCCUGGCACGAAUGAUGUUUCUCUCGGGUAUGUCUGGAAAUCGAGCUCUCGAUGCCAAUGGAAACUGGUUGCCUGGAUCUGGUUUACAUCGAGUUCUGGCAGGCGCGUCGUCUUUGGCAGCCUUGAACGGAAGCUCAGGUGAAUCCGACGCUACAGUGGCGGCGGCAGACGUUGUCAGAGAGAUGGGACCUGGGACUGCUGGCAUUGGCUUCAGUCCCGAUGGGCAGUAUUUGUGA